GUAACUGUUUGUGCAGAGAAUAGCACUCUAAAGUAUGCUACUUCUUUUCUUAAGCGUUUCGGAUAUCUAAAUGCAUCAAGUAAUGCUAUUUCUAGUAUAGAUAUGGCCUUAGUUGAAUUUCAAGAAAGAUACAAUCUUCCGGUGACCGGAACAUUAAAUACUGAUACUAUGAAUAUGAUGAAUAAGCCUCGAUGUUCUGUUGGCGACAAUAACUAUGCAAUUCAUUCGAAGUGGAAUAAAACAACAUUAAGUUGGUAUUUUCCUCAAGCUGUUAGUAAUCCAGUUUAUAUACAUCUUGCUGAAGACGCUUUCGUUAGGUGGGAGAAAAUAUCUAACUUAAAGUUUAAACGAGUAAUAAUACCUUCUUCAAAGCCGGAUAUUACUAUAACUGUGGUGUCAAAUAAUCAUAGUUUUCGAGCAAGUUGUCAAGGAACCUCUAAAUGCCCAUUUAAUUUCGAUGGUCCUGGAAAAGUAUUAGCCCACGCAUACUAUCCUGGCGUAAACGAUUGCAUCGAAAUCCAUCUUGAUGCCAAUGAACGGUGGUAUGCAGGAAAUGGCAGAGCUCCUGAUGGUGAAGCCAAUUUUUUGGCUGUCCUACUGCAUGAAAUUGGUCAUACCCUUGGACUAGAACAUAGUAAUAGCGAUUCGUCUAUUAUGUAUCCUUGGUAUCAACAAGAUCUGACAAGUUUUGAUGAUGAUGAUAAAAAGGCAAUGAGCAGGCUAUAUGGACAAACAGAAGCCCCCACAUCGAUGUCAACAGCUCCAGUUACGCAAACAAUACUUUCGAAAAAUAGGAUCUAUUUGCCGACAACACCUGCAAUAAAAAACAUCUGUCUACUUCAGUAUCCCGAUUUCAUGUUUCUAGCUACAUCUCCACAGUUUCCAAAUUAUCGCAUGUACGUUGGGUCUGACAAAUAUUUAUGGAAGUUUGAUUUAAAUGAGAUGCGUCUUCCACAACAUCCAGAAUUAAUUACUGAUUAUCUCCCUAAAGAGUUGAGGUUUACGCAAGUUUCACAUGUUUUUCAGAAUUCCGAGGGACACUUAAUAACUGUAAGCAAUAAUCGGUAUUACGACGCAUCUUUCCCUAAUUUACAACUUCAAAAAAGUUUUAUGUUUCCUUCUAUACCUACGAGAACCAAAAUAAAUGCCUUAUUUCAAACAAACAGCGGUCAAACAUAUUUAUUGUACAAUGAUAAUUCAUACAUUGAAUUUAAUGAAGCUGGAGAUGUCUUAAACCGCGGCCCAAUAAAUGAUCUCUUCCCCGGAAUACCAAAUAAAAUAACAUCAGCAUUCCGGUACACGGAUGGGUUUAUUUACUUUUUUCAAAACAUUACCUAUUAUAAGUACAGCGAAUACACACGUAAAGUUGUAGCAGCAGGAACGUUCAGUUGGGGGCUUUUUGGGAUACCCUGCCCUGAAGACGGUCUAUUAAAACAAUUAAAAACUUUGUUAAACAAAAUUGUAACUAUAUACGAAUAAAGAUUGCUGUGUUCCUUUUAAGUUCUUUUAAUAAAAAAAUUGUAUUAUGUUGUUGUUUUAUUUAAAUUACAAAAUUACCAGCCGCGCGCUUCGUAUCUACGAGAUCCGCGAAAAACUUAAGGUACCGACCGCGCAUCUGCUUCGCGUUCCGCGAAAAAUUAAGGUACCGAUCGCACAUCUGGUAUCGCGCACCGAUCGACCAGCGCUAGAACGCCGUCACAUCGGAACGCGCCCCAUCGGACGUCGUCACAUCGGAAAGCGCCCUUUUGGCACUAUGCCGCCAUGUUUUUUUGUAUUCGUUAUCUCCCGCCCAUUCCAACGAGCCGUCGUACGUUUAAAUCGGACCAAUAGCAGCAGAGAUACCAUGUUUCUCUCUCUAACACACAUACUUCCCUAUAUCAGCUGUGACAUCACAUACCUCUCUCUCUAACACAUUGUUUUCCCUAUACCUAUAGUGAUGGCUGUGUUGUUCA